UUUAGAUCUAAAUGAAAGCGAAAAAUAGGAGCACAACAAAUUGAAUGAUUCAAAACGCAUAAAUAGUGAGACGGGUGUGAACUUCACUACGAACUUCACUUCGCAUUCUAAAAUAUCGCCAAGUCUCAUACCAAAAUUUCGCCCAAAUUCAGAAGUAGCCAAAAGAUGUACGGAUUAAGCCGUCUCAAUUCCGCCAAUCACAUCUCCGCCGCCGCCGCCGUAUAUCCGAAACGGUUGCUCAGAACAAGUAUCGGUCACUCCUCUCCAGCAGUGACAGCUGGAAUUAGUGACAGCCGCAAUACUUUUGCGAGGAAAAGGGGGGAAAAGCCGACGGAGCUCUCGAGGAGUGUGGUGAUGCUCACUUGCGAUUCAUCUGCAGACGGAGGCGUUUGCAAUGUUUAUUUGGUCGGAUCCAGUCACGAUUGUCCGAGAUCUUGGCAAGAAGUUAGGGCUGCGAUGCAAUUCUUGAAACCAGAGAUUGUUUUCCUAGAAUUGUGCUCUAUUCGCGCAUCUAUUCUCACGGAAAAAACGAAGGCUCCAACCAUGAGAGAAAUGGUGGAAUUGUGGAAGAAAAAUAAAAAACUUCUUUGGAUCCUUAACUAUUGGUAUAUUUGUAAGUGUGAUCUAUUUAAAAUUAUACGUCUCUGUGGAGAUUUCCGGGCAGCAAAUGAGGAAGCCAAGAAAUAUGGUGCCAAGGUUAUACUUGGUGAUCGACCACAAGAUAUUACAGAUCAUAGGUAUAUUGCCAAGACAUCUAUUUGGCAAUAUCUCGCCACAGUUACUAAAGGACUUAAAAUUUCAUUACCAAAGGAUAUUUUCGACAAGUUGAGCGAGCCAAAGUAUGAUGCUCAUGCGAUCCAUCAACAUAAUCAAGAGAUAGCCAACAACUAUCCUAUUUGGAAUGAAAUAUAUGUCCAUGAGCGCGACCUAUAUAUGUCAGCCAAGAUACUAGACGUUGCCCGCAAACAUAAAUCAGUGGUAGCUGUUGUGGGAAUGGGCCAUGUACCAGGAAUCCAGAAGAACUGGAAACAACCUGUUGACGUGGAACAACUUCUUACCAUACCAAAUGACAAAAAGACAAUAUCAGUGGGCAAGAUGCUUAGUUUUGUCACAGGGGUUGCCAUAGUUUAUGGCAUUUAUCUCUCCAUCAAGAACUAGCACUCUGCAUUCCAUGAAAUCUCCUAACUUAGCUUGGAUGAAAGCUGCUACAACAAGGACCAUUUAACGUUGUUUCCGUCGUAAAUCUCAUUCUAAGAAUUUCGCCCAUUUGAGCUCGUCGAAAUGUCAUUUUUCUUUUUAUUCUUUUUUAAAAAAAAAAAAAAUCUAUCCGCAGCUGCUAUUGAUUCUGCUCUUUGCGUAUGUUUAUUCUUGUUCAUUUAUUAUGUAUGCUUGUCAAAUUUGAGUAAAGUUGAAAUCGAGUAGUGUUUAUCUUC